AUGCCUGUAGAGAUUACCGAAUAUCUGAGCAGCUACCCCGACGUUAGUGAAGAAGGCGAAGCAGACAACCCGGGCCUCGUUUCAUGGGGCGUUGAUGAUGUAUACCUCGGAAAAACUGUACAAGACCGCAAACUCUCCUUACAGUAUAUCGCCGAGACAUUCUAUAAGAGGUUCCAACUUGCGACACUUGGUCUCUUCCCGGAUUCCGUCGGCCCCCCUGGGGCAGCACGACCUUCACUCCUCUUGUCACUCUGGAAUUCAAAAACCAUUCCUAGCUUGAGUUUUGGCUAUACAGCGGGCUCUUUCAAUCGCGAUACAUCAGCUAGUCUGAUCUUGGGCGGGUACGAUUCUUCACGAUUCGAUCCUGAAACUACCACGCAAUGGAAAUUCUCAACUGAGAAGAGCAAUUGGUUCUUCAUACACUUGACUGCAAUCACUAUUAAUGGGGCCGCUUCGUGGGAACGAGCGAAACCAUCUCUGCAAACUGCAUUUCCAAUUGAUCCCGCAGUUCCCCAGAUAUGGCUCCCGGAGGACGCUUGUGCGAUGUUUGAAACUGCAUUUGGACUGGUCUGGGACGACACAUUGGAACUGUAUCUUGUCAACGAUACAACACAUAUACGGCUUUUACGCGAGAACCCCGAGGUACAAUUCACUAUCGGACUUGACGACCAAGCAACAAACUAUACGCUUCCAUAUUCAGCUUUCGAUCUCAGGCUCACAUACCCUUUUGUGGAUACCCCUACAUACUACUUCCCGUUGAAACGAGCUCAAGAGCCCGCACAACACAUGCUCGGUCGAGCAUUCCUGCAGGAAACUUACAUCACCGUCAACUACGAAGCACAGAGUUUCAAUCUAAGUCAAGCGUCUCAUGAUAAUGGCUCCACGAACAUCGUGUCAAUCCCCUCACUAUCCGAACCCAGUCAAACUUCAGAUCUGCCUCUACCUUCACCCACAAACAGCCCGAAGAAUCCUUCCUCGGCUGCAUAUGCGGGGGUUGGCGUAGGCGCGGGCAUUCUAUUGCUCUCGGCGUUGUGGCUGAUCGUAGCCUGGAAGAAGAAAUGGGUACCUUUCCGACGCAAGACCUCGAACGGGGACAGUCAGAAUGACUACAAAAAAGCCGAGUUACAUGGCGAGCACAAACUAGGAAUUGAGGCUAUGGAAAAAGAGAGAUUCGAACUAGAUGCAGGUUCAGGGAAGCAUGAGGCCAUGGGCAGGGAAGCAUCUGAGCUCCAGACUGUGGAGAAGGCUUGGGAAUUGAAGGGCUCGGGUGAAGUAGGCGUUGUGGAAGUUCAGGGCAGUGAUGUGAUGUAUGAGCUGCCUGGUAAUGGUGUUGACGUACGGGCGGCAAAUGAGGGGACUCGAACUUCUUCGUAG